AUGCGGAGGGAGAGGGAAGAAGGAAGCUUCCGCUCAUCACCGCCGAAUUCGACUAGUUGUAAAGAUGGAAUCGAUGGGACGGAUGUGCCAAUAGAUGGAUGGAUGGAUAGGAUGCUUAAGUAUUCCGUCAAUUCCGGGUCAACUGCGAGUGAACCCGGAACAAUCCCGUAA